GUUCCCUUCGAUACAGAUCAAUUCAGACCAAUUCACUCCAAUUCAACUCUUAUAUCGCUCUUGGACUUUUCAUCACUUACAACCAACUCCUUACUUCUCUCUACCAACCUCACCUUCCCACCCAACAAUCACAAUGACUGUCACCAAGGCUUCCACCUGCUGCGGCAAGAGCGCUGAGUGCGUCUGUGCCCAGCAAGCGACCUGCUCCUGCGGCAAGCAGUCUGCCCUCCAAUGCACCUGCAGCAAGGCCGCCUCCGAGAAUGUUGUCGCCGGACCCCGCUGCUCGUGCAGAGCCCGUCCCGUUGGCGAAUGCACUUGCGAUCGUGCCUCCACAGAAAACACUAAGCCAUCCGGCGAGACCUGCUCCUGCGGAUCUCGUCCCGCAGGUAUGUGGCAUCAUUCCCCUCUCUCUCCACAUGUUCGCAUGAUGGCUAACAUUCUCUUAGAUGCCUGCACAUGUGAUAAGGCAGCCUCUACCGCGUAUGACCGGUCAGAGCAUGAGAUCGAUUUCACUACCCGCCAGUAGUUAUCUUCACCCUGCAAAACUACGCGUAGCAUUGGGAUCGGCGUUCGAGGGUCUCCGGGAUUGGUUGUACGGCACGACGGCGACGGGUCCGACGGUGGAGGACAAGGCGUUAAUGGUUUAUGAUGGCACGGUUGCUUUGGAGCGGACGGUGGGAUCUGGCCGAUAGGACUGGCCAACAGUCAACAUCAAUACCACACAAAUUUUCG